AACGAAAUAAUACAAUGUUCGAAACGAACGACUCGUCGGUCCAUCGUUUCGUAUGAAUUCGAUCAUAGAACAAAAUCAUAGAACAAAAGCAAAACGCUUCUGGCGUCUAUUUAUUCGGUUCCUGUCAUACUUUAGGAUCUGACAUGAGUGUAAAUAUCUAAUAUUCAAUAUAAUCUCGUGGAACACGGUCUCCAACAAUAGAACGUGGUCAAGUUCAAUGUCACGAGCAUUAUCGACAUCAAGAUGCGGUGGCAGCCUGGUGGAAAUCUGGAACCUGUGAGAAUAAUUUGCGAGACCAAUUGGAGACAAUGUAUGCAAGCCAUCUUGAGAUACGUAUGGACGGAAAUUGUGACAGACGUGGUCGAUUGUUUAACUACGGAAUCAACAUUGUGGAGGAUCAUUGCCAUCUGCAUUAUUUGCAUAAUGCUACUACGUAUAUUCUACGUCAAAAGAAAAUGGGUAAACAGGCCUACUCCUAGCAAAUACAUUCUCAGUAGAGUCGGUUGUAAGGUCGACGACCUGGAAUUGAAAAUCAAUAUACUGACUUACAAGCUACAGUACGGAACAUGGCCGCUUCCUCACCAAAUUCAAAAUUCCACGUUAAAAAAACAACUUCGUAAUCUCAGACUGACGUUGUCAACUUCGAACGACCGUAAAGAAUGGAUCAAGCAUAUACUGCUCAGGUAAAAAGU